AUGUCGGCUCACGGUUGCGCUCACUGGCACUCCGCCGUGUCGCGGUUCAUUCUCCCUCUCCAGCUGGUGCUCAUAUUUAUCUUCUUCAUUGCUGCUACCCCGUCUGGUGCAGCACCGGUCCCUCUGGAAGGGGCUGCCUCCGUCACUUCAGGCACCUGCUACGCCGACGCGGUCAUCAUCUACAACCUAGCCAGCUACUUGAUCAGCAACUACGCUAUCCAUGCUUCCGCGAUACCGAUCGGCGCAGACAUCGGACGGUACACGCAGCGCGUAACGCGCCAGGACGGGUGGCUCUGGAAUCUAUGGCUGACGACUAUUUCGCUCUUCCUGCCGUUCUUCGCGCUCGCGAGGACACUCAUCCUGGUCGCGCAGCAAUUGAAAAGCGAAGGCGACGGCGUCCUCGCGGCGCUCCACCACGGUGCUCUCCUCGUCGUGGUCAGGGACACCGAUUGGAAGCCUGGCAAGAGCGACCAAUUCGUUUAUACUCGGCUACCUCACGACUUUGUCAAAUCCGACGACGCCCGCACUGGUGAUCAACUGCCAGAAGCCACCAUCGACCUCGAUGACGAAGGGGAAAAACACGCUUUUCUGCGCACGGACACAGACAACCACAUGUUGCAUGGCUUAGCCCAUCCCCCGCCAGGGUACACGCUGGCAGUGCCCGAGCGCAAGGGUCAUACCGAGCUCUUGAUCAAGAACCACCUCAAGGACACGAAGAGGCUGAAAGUACACUACCGCCCAGGCUUCAUGGGAGUGUUGCUCUCGCUCGUUCAGAUCUGCGUCGGCUCGUACAACCUGUACGAAGCGCGGGUGACCCAGAUCCCACGCUGGGGGUACGCGGCCUACGGGCUCUCCGUGCUUCCAUAUGUAAUCAUGUCUAUUUUGAACCUCCUCUGCGCGGCCAUCGUCGACAGCUACGCGUGUGCCCAGCUUCUGCGGACACCCAUCCUCGAGGAGUCUUUAUGGAGACCGGAGGGUGGUGAUCCCGAGUAUGACGGGACCAUUGGCGCUGUCAAUCCGGCGAGCAUGCCCCAAUCGUCAGCCAUAGGUCAGCGGGGCCAAGGAGACUACGUGGCGGUGCUAAUGCGCACGGAGACCUAUACAACAAACGGGCAUGAGCAGAAGAUCCUCGUCGUGAAUGCGCUCGGCGAGAAGCCCAGGACCUACCGCCUCAUUCCCAGUGGCCGCGAUGUCGCGAAGACGGAAGGCAACAUCGCGGUUGGAGCAGAGCAGGCAGAGACAAGGGCUCGCCCGUGCGGACCCAACGUUCAAGGAGGCUCCACCGUGCAUUUCACAGUAUCCGCACUCAGCCACAACGGACCUCCGCCCAAAUCCAGGGUGAGGGAACUGGAGGAAAUUUCACAUCGAGAGGGGACGACCAUUGCGUGCCUUUUCUUCAUCGCGAUGAUCCUACCACACGUCUUCAUAUAUGCGCUCACCGGCUUCCGCCCCAAUCAGAGCACUGUGGCUCAGAGGGGGCUGAUGAUGGCAUGGCUGGCAGCUGACCAGUUCUCGUCGUGCUCGACGCUCUGGUGUUGGAUUGUAUGGAAGAAGAAGCACAACGUCAUCCCGAACGUUGUCCAGAAGGCGUGGUAUGCUGUCUUGAUGGUGGCAGGAAUGGGGGGCUUCGUGACGGUGGCACAGAUGUAUUUGCAAGAUAAUGGCUAUGGGUUCCAUGGAUGUUCCUUGUAACGCGUAACGCAUGCCGUUUGUAUCUACAUGGAUCGCAGCGGACCCCUGACUUUGAACUCGUGUUAGCGAUGCACAUUCUGUAUUUUCUGGAAUGCUAUGUAUAACUCCUGUGCCAGUGCAC